UACUGUCAACUACCUAAAAAUUAGGGAACUUGAAAUAUGUGUCGUCGACUUUGUACUCAGUAAUAAGAUGAGGAUAUUUGUCUCAGCAUCAACUCCUGACAGCAAACAAUGCUAACUGUUAGCCUAAAGUUAGCAUGAUUUCCGGAUGUAGACGGAGACGGAAUUCAGCUGCAUGCAUAGAGAAGUGUAAAACAAUAUAGCACUGUAUAUUUUUAAGAUGAACUUGUGAAAGUGGAUAAGUGAUAUUCUAGCUGUCUCAAAUAUCUGACAACGAAAGUAUCUUCCGGUGUUUAACAGCCCAUGGUAGGUAACUGUUCAUUUCCGGACUCUUGACAGAGCACAUAACGAACAGACGACACGGAUUUAACUGAGAAUUUCUGGAGGAUUUAAGUGUGUUAAAAUGUCGAAAGUCCAAAUUCUGAGAUCUUUAGUGAACCAGAGACUGGCUGCGGCAGCCGAAGAGAUAUUUGAACUGUUUGAAAAGACGAUAGCGGAGUACGAGGAGGAAAUAUAUCGAUCAAAAGACGAUCAACGCAAACGACAGGAUCCUGACCAGCCUCACAGCUCAGAUUUCAAGCAGCUGGUAAGUGAAGAAGAAGUUCCCCAGAAGCAGCUGGAGAGCAGCUCCAGUUUGAAGCAGGAGGAGCCACCAGAACCAGCACACAUUAAAGAGGAACAAGAGGAACUGUGGAUCAGUCAAGAGAGAGAGUUCACUUUCUUUCCUGUUGCUGUGAAGAGUGAAGAGGAUGAUGAAGAAGAAAAACCUCUGUUCUCGCAGCUUCAUGAAAACCAAGCUGAUUGGACAAGAGAAGAAUGUCUAAAAACAGAAGCUGAUGGACAGGACUGUGGAGGAGCAGCAGCUAGAGACUUAAUUUCAGAUGGUCAGCUGCCAUCAGUUACUCACAAGGAGACUUCACCUUCCUCUGAAACUCUGACUGAUGACAGUAGCUGUGAACGGGAGGCUAGUGAACCUCAAGAAGGUUUAAACCCUCUGCAAAACAGUAAAGUAGGGGUGAGCCAUAUUGAAUGUAACAAUGGAAAUAUCGCCGUUAGCUCAUCUGAAUGUGCUCCAAGCUUUGACCAGGCGAAACAAAAGAAGAAGCCAAAACAAACCCAAAAAGGAGAGAAGCCAUUUGGCUGCUCAGUGUGUGGCAAGGAGUACUACAUAAAAAACUCCUUAAAGACUCAUAUGAAACUUCACACAGAGAGGAAACAGUUCAGCUGCUCGUUUUGUCCAAAGACUUUUCCGGCAAGAACAGAAAUGGUGACACACACGAGAGUCCACACAGGAGAAAAACCCUUUGGUUGCUCCAUCUGUGGCGUAAGAUUUGCUCAAAGCUCAAACUUGACAUCACAUUUAAGAGUUCAUACAGGAGAGAAACCGUUCAGCUGCUCGGUUUGUCAAACAAGUUUUAGUCUUAGAAACAACUUAGCUUUGCACAUGAGAACCCACACAGGAGAGAAACCAUUCAGUUGUUCAGUUUGUGGUAAAAAAUUCACUCUACGUGGAAAUCUAAGGCGACACUCAGCCGUUCACACAGGAGAGAAACAUUACAGUUGUUCAGUUUGUGGUCAAAGUUUCACACAACAUGGAACCCUAAAAAGACAUACGACUGUCCACGCUAGAGAGAAACCAUAUAGUUGUAGUGUUUGUAACAAAAAGUUUACUCGACAAGAGUAUGUGAAAAAACAUAAGUGUGUUGGUGAGAGCAGUGGAAAUCCAAAGUAAGACUCCAAAAUAAGCCAUGGUUUAUUUCAACUGUCCAGUUAAGAGUAAGCAACUUUAUCAUUUUAUCUCUGUUAUUAUUUGUGUUUCUGUCAUUCUGUCAGCUAAGUCAGUGGUUCUCAACUGGUGGAUCAAGGCCUAAAAGUGGGUCAUGAAUGUGUGCUUGGAGAAAAAAAGAAAUGUGGCAAAAAGUCUAUGAUGUACCUAAACCCUUAGCAGACAAAUAUCCAUUUUAUUUUUACAGUCUUUUGCCUUGAUAAUGAUUUUUUUUUUCUUGAAAUCUUUUCUUAUUCAUCUUGUUGCAUGUAGAUAAUAAAGCUGGUUUCUCAUGAUAGUAUUUUGCUGCCUUGACAUAUAAAGAAAACAAUCAAAAUUUGCUUUGUAUCCUAGGAAUUUGAGUGAAAUAAAGUGUAUGUGUUGUUUGA